AUGUCUACUAUUCUCGAAACACUUCUUAUGAAGUAUGACAGCCUUCCUCCUAACCUGCUGCUCGUAUAUCCAGGUGAGCCACAAAAAAAAGAGAGCUAGUUGUUUGAUUCACGCAGUAAGCGAGCUAGUCCCAACUUGACACUUGGGGUUCGCACUUGACGACCGAGCAGAGGAAAAACCGUGCCGAAGGCCAGAAACGACACCUUUCUCUCAGACGCGUCACGCUGAGGUGUCAAGCUAGUGUGCCUGAGAACAAGUAUCAGGAGGCGGAGCAAGUUGGGCACGGCAAUUAUGGUCCGAGUCGCUGUUUAUUUUUUGUUUGUCCCUUUAUUGCUCCAUUUUAGUAUUGCUGUCUUUAGCAACGUUUCCGAAUUUUUUUGUGUUUCAGUGUUAUUUUUCUAUGUUCAGAAGGGUUCGCGAUGAGCUUGUCGGGCGCAAGCGAUGAAAAAGAGGACCGUAUCGCAAGCUUCGCAGAAGCCAUCCAGGUUUUUGGAUGCCAGUCUUCGUUGUUCAGUUUUUCGUACAGGUUUACCUUCACGAUGGGAUCGAGAAGCUAUUAUUUCGUUACGAGGAGCCAAAGGGUUCAGGAGAAAAAACUAACUUUUUCUAUGGACGCCUGACGCCAGAAACAGAGACAAACACGGUAUUUUCACUCUCAUUCACUGAAUGAGAACAUUUUGUGUGUUUUCAGCCACUUCAAAACAUUGACAUCGACCUGAUGGUGCAGAACUUGCGCGACAAUACGUUCAAAACGUUCCAAAUCGAGCAGCGGCAGAAUCCAAUCUCUCCACCAAAGCCGGCGACGCAAGGGCUCCCGGAGCAGCUGGCGGCAGCUCUCGCAAAGCUUCCUUCUAAAGAGCAAGUCGAAGGAAACGCCGACCUGCUCGCUCAGCUCAACCUUGAAGUCGAGCAAAUACGCGCAAUUGUUAACGGACUCAUCAAUGACUCUGCGCUUCCUGAUGUGGUUAAUAACGACGUAUGUCUAUUUUUUGUCUUCUUGCUUCUUGGUAGUUGGCAGUUCUAGGUGUUAAGAUCGUUAUCAGCAGUUAAAAACUAUAGUCAUGUUUUUUUCACUGUAGUUUCCGCUUUGAAAGGGAAGUAGAGAGAUUUCGCAGAGAGUGAGUCCAAUUAUUUACUUUUUUUGGCCCUUUUGAAACAGAAAAAGGUGAAAAAAAAUGAAACGAGGUGGUAUGAAAAAAAGACCAGCGAAAACUCAAACGGCGACUUUUCCGAUUUUUUCACAUCGCUAAGGAACUUUCCGACGGCCACCUUUCCGACAAAUCUUUUUCCGACUUUUUUUCUCGAUAAAAUUUUCGUUUUAAAUCAUCCUAUAUAAAGUAGGUAGUUGGUUCAUGAUUAAAACACAAGAAAAUAAGAAAAAAAAAUGUAAAUAGAUGUCUUAUAAACCGAAAAAUAUAAAGGAAAGAAGUCGGAUGAAAAAAUCGGAAAAGUCGCCGUUUGAAUUUUCGCUGGUGUUUUUUUCAUACCACCGAAAAGAACAUCAGCGAAAAAUCAAACGGCGACUUUACCGGAUUUUUCAUAUCGCUAGGGAACUUUCCGACGGCCACCUUUCCGACGAAACUUUUUCCGACUUUUUUCCCUUAUGCUUUUCGGUUUAUAAAACAUCUAUAAACAUUUUUUUCCUAUUUCUUUGUGUUUUAAUUAUGAACAAACUACCUACUUUAUAUAGGAAGAUGUAAAACGAAGAGUUUAUCGAGAAAAAAAAGUCGGAAAAAGUUUUGUCGGAAAGUUCCCUAGCGAUAUGAAAAAAUCGGAAAGUCGCCGUUUGAAUUUUCGUCGGUGUUUUUUUCAUACCACCUUCUUUUCAUACCACCGAAGCGAGGUUCCUUCAACAGAUAUUCAUACGAAUUUACCUUUUUAACUUGCCCCAGUGGCUCCUUUUUGAUUUCAAAAUAUUAUUUCAGGAGCAGACUUCGCUGAUGGUGGAAUUUGGAAGGCACUGGAGAGAGAGCUUGGCGGAAAUGAAGCAGUCGGUCGAGGAGCUCAAGGAGAAAGUUGACGAGAUCGAAAAGUCUCUUACGGACAGAAAUAUUAAUACGACCUUCUUACUUGCCAUCUACUUCAUGUUAUAUAUCUUCUGUGCUUUUAAGCUCUUCUUUUAACUUCUGCAAAUUACAUCAUCAGACUAAUUCUUUUGUUAAUGCUUAUGCAAGUUUACCGAUGUGUCGGUUCUCUUUUCAAAGGGUUUCCCUUCCAAAAAAAUAAUUUAAAUACUUUUUGAAAAAGCGAAAAAUUCCUACAAAAAAAAAAUACAUUUUGACAUUGCAACAUAGCUAUGCUUGCAUAGUUGGACCCCGAUUUCCAAUUCGUAUCGCUCCAAGAAUUGUAAAUGAGCUGCCACGAUUAAUAACAUCACUAAAAUUGAUCUCUUCGUACUUCGAAAAUUCGCUUGAUACUGCCCAUUCCGCACCAGCUUCUCCUUUUUUCUGCAGAAAAGACGUAUACCGAAUUUCGCUCUGAUUAGGGAAUUAGAUGAACUCGUAUGCUGAUCGAGUUCAAACUUUGAUGAUUUAUAGAUCUAGGCCGAGAAAAAUCUUGUUAAAACUGAACAGUUUAGGCUUGAAAAUUAUCGAAUUUUCGCUUUUCUCUUAUUUUUGACCAGAAAAAAAAAGUUUUUACUGUUCAUCAUAGCCGGAAAAAUUCAAGGAACUUGUAUUGAAAUAUAAAAAAAGUAGAGAGCAGUGUUCUGAAAAAAAUUACAAGCCUAAUGUGUUUUUUUGUUUCCUAAUUUUCUCUCAGUUUUUUUUUACCGGGUUUAACAGAUAUUUUUCUCUUUUUUCAAGUGUUCUGACCAAGAUCUGAAAGCCACUAAAGUUUGAACUCGAUCCACGGCGUUUUUUUAUUACGCAAGGCCAAGACUUCUCGUAAAUUAUGAUGCUUAGGGUGUACGCACACCGAGACGCGCUAUCGCAUACUCAAAUUGUUUUUUUCAAUUUUAGAAUUUGCAAUUCUAGGAUAAUAACUUUUGAAAUGUUCAAAAUCUUGUCAGUUUGAAGAAUAUGAUGUGAAAAAAACAUUUACUUACGUUAAAAAAAAUUUAGGAACGAUUUCGGAAGGGGAAAACUCUAAAUUACUGAUUACAAAAUAAAAAAAAAAUAUUAUGAAGGUGAAUCAGCUCCCAUUGAAUAAGAAAUUGUAAAUAAGAAAAAUAUUGAAAUGAGAAAAAUUCGAGGAGCAAAUGAAAAAAGAAACAUUUUGUAUACUUUGGAAACCUAGCUUCAGAAAAACAAAUAAUGGAUAGAAAGCAGAAAUUUCAGAAAAAAAAACCUCGUAUGGCGAAAUGUUUGUUUAAAUGCGAAAAACCAUGAAAGAACUAGAAAAAAAAAUAUAAUUUAGAUGAUUCAUAUAACAAAAUCUUCAAACUGCAUCAGCAAAUUCAGUUUGGCUUCAAUUUACACGAAACUGGUUUCAAACUACGCCAAAGGAACUGGAUAAUAACUUGUACUUAUAGAAAAAACGUUAAAAGACGUAUUAAUGAAGAAAAAAGCAAAAAAUAUGCUUUUUUUCAAUUAACUCUUUCCGUAAAUCUUGCGAGAGCUUUAAAGGGUGGGUCUUGUAUUCCAAAAACGGGUCCUAAACAGAUCAAAACUACUGCUGCCGUACGAUUUACGGCGCCCGCCCAUGGUAUUUUUUUUCUGCAUUUUCUUUCACUGACAAGAACGCCGUGAUUACGAUCCGCGAUUAAGAGUCAGUUCCCUGGUGAGGCGAUUGUUUUUUGCAGUAAUUUUGAAGCCUUUUUUGCAGUUCAGUAUCAAAAUCUUCAUUAUUCUUUUUGUUACAUUUCAUUGUUUUUCCACACGUUUUCAUUAUGAAUGUAUUUUUCAAUAAAUGAUAUGUUAUUCAAAAAAAUUUCGUUCCAAUUGCACGGUUUUUCAUUCCUUCAAUUUCGAAAAAAAUGAAUAUUUGAAAAAGAUUUUUUUACAAUCCUUGUUUUUUUACUUUAAAAUUAAGAUUUAAUGUGGAGUUAGAUGUCGUACUGAAUCUCGGAAUUUCAGAAUAUAGAAAUGUAAAUUAAACUAAUUCGCUGUCUGAAAAUUCAAAAAAAUAAAAAAACGUGACUUUUUUUAAAUUGAUUUGUUUGUAAAACAAAAUGAAUUUUUUUUAAAUUAAAAAUACCGUAUUUAUUUUGUUUUCAUCGGCUCUACCUAGAAAUGGCAAACACUCGCUUGCAUUUCAUGCUUUUUUCUCCGCCCCAAUUUUUUUUGCUCAUGAGAUGAAAUUUUCGAACUGGAUAAUGAAGCAGCCGGCGAAAGAAAAGAAAAACAACAGGUGAAAAAAAACGAGAAGCAGGCCUGGCGUAGUGAUCGCUUUUGAAUAGAGAGAUCAUUUUCGAAAGACAUUCCCAGCGUUUUGCCCCUUGACACCCACAUACUUGCUGCUAUUUCUCUUCCAGCUAAAUUCAUUCAUUUUCGUCGUAGCCGCUUAAUAUUCAUCAAUUUCGAUGUGUUUUUUUUCCACUUGUUGAGUGCUGUUUGCAACUUCUACCUAAUUUUUUUUUCGUGUGUUUCAGCGGCUGAGAUUGCUUAAUUUCCGGGAACCCUGUCAUAUAGUCUUGAAUUUUUAUAAAAAAAGAAUAAUUUUUUUAUAAAAUAAAUAAUUGAUUCCAGAAAGCUUUCAAGUUUUUCCACUUUUUGGCUCUCGAAAGGUCAGAAAAAAUUUUUUUCCUACUCGAGUAGACGACAAUUUUUAGAUUUUUUUAAUUAAUUAAUUAGCCUUCCUUGAGUCUAAAAAAAGUGCGACCCUUUUUGGUAGCAGUUAAGUAAGUCCCAUUUUUUUCCCCUGAUCUUCACGACUCAUACGAUCCUCUUUUUUUGUACAUUGCAAAUUUCUCGAGAUACAUUUAAAAAAAUUAGAUGAGAAAAAAAGUUAUUUUUCUAAGUUCACUCACGAAUUUCCAGCCCCGUUUGGAACAUAUAAGAUAGGUAGGUCUUUGAAAUUUAACUUUUCGCAAAACUUGAUUGUGGGUUCCAUAAAACGGAUAUAAAAAAUUUUCUCAAAUCAUUAACUUUUUCAGUUCACUACUCGUGAAUUUUUUUUCUGAAUAACUUUAUAUAAGCUCUGUGAAGAAAUUAUACGCAACAUUCCUCACUUAUCGAAUUGCCGAUAAAAAAUCUGAGUCGUAGCAUAUUUUUCCGCCGAUUAUUCUUGCUCCGAAAGUCGGUGAUUCACUGUUAAAAAUGUUCUAUGUGGUGUGAAAUUUUAAUGAGUUUGUCUCAGAUCUUUUCAAGAACUAAAAAUAGUUGAUUCAAAGAUAGAUUGCUUUUUCAACCAACAAUUGGUUUCCUUUCCUACGGCUACUUUGAAGUGGAAUUUUUUCCCAAUUAAAUUUCGUGCUUUGGUGCCAAAGUGCAAAAGGAGCGGCGUUCGGGAAAGCCCAAACGCGUCGCCGCAUUGUCCAUCCGGCGCGUGAUCUUCUCAGGCGCCACCUGUUCGAAGCAAAAAACUGUGUAACUACCCGCUUGAGCCGGCCGAUUUGGCUCCGUAUCACAGAGAGGUGUCGAGGAGACGCUGUGCAGCGAAUGGUCGCCACCAAGCCGACAAUUGCGCUCCACGGGUAUCGAUUGCCGUCGGCUGUUGCCUCUUCUCUCCGGAAAGCCUGAGAGGUGGAGCCGCCCUGAGGACUGGCGGACUCUUCCUGGACCAGUCACUCACUUGUUACUUCCUCAUCAACCUUAUUUGGACAUUGGAUUUCUGUUAACACUACCUCUUUUUUCUCUCCAAUAGGUCUUAUCUCAUUAUUCCUCGUCGCGUUCGUCGUGCCCAAAAAGGCAAGAAACUUUCAAGCUGUCGUCCGUUGGGGCCGCGCCUCGCCUUGGCUGCACGCCGGUUGCCAUGAGCAAAACUGAGUACGUUUUUUUUUCAAUUGAAUUUGAAAUUUAGGUUUCCUAUUUGUAUGUCAAAAGUUCUUUCAACGUCUUUUUGAAACCUGCACUCUGAAAAAAAUUUUACUCUUCGUCUCUCAUUCUGAACUUAAUAAAAGUAAAUGCUCUUUUUUUUAUUGGUUAAAAACUUGGAACAAUUUUGAAAAGGAGAGAUGCUCUAAAUUUUCAUACACCGGUACAACCAGGCGUCGAUGCGGCUAUAUAGCGGGUACCUAGAUAAAUUGGAUUAAUUAGCGGCCUUAUAAUAGUUUUAAAACAACUACGUUGGGCGAAUGCUAAGCGAAAAAUGAGAAUUUUAACACCUUCCAAUAAGAAACGAGAGUACAUUUUGGUAAUUUUUCAUUUUGAAGCUUUUGAAUUUCAAGUUUUUCAGGACAGAAGAGCGGCGAAAAUAUAUUUUAUCUUUCUCCGUUUCGAUCAAUGAUAAAUCUGACGAUUUAGUGUAAUCAAACAAUUUUUCUCUUCCUGGUCCCUCUGUAAAAAAAACUGAAAGGCAACUUGGGUUUAGGAAACAUUUCGAAUUUUUUUUUUGAAUCGGUGUACGCUUUUCAUGUUUCUUUUUGAUUAUUAUAAGUGAGGGUUAUUUUGUUCGCGGAUAAAGCUUAAAAAAAUAUGCACAGAAAAAAAAAGUAUGAAGAACGUAUGAGCAACUUAGAGCAAAUCGUCAACUUUUAAAGACAAGAUUUUUUUUCAAAAGACCUAGGGAAUCGUGGCAAAAAAAUGGAUUAUGUUAAUUUAUAUACUAUUUUGUAUAGUUUUGGAGAAGGAAUUUCAUUUUCUGACGAUCCUAACUUUUUUUUGAGAUGCCAAAAAGAGCAUUUUUCUGCGAUCGUGAAAGAAGGAUUCCAUUAAUUUACAUUAUCUUAUUCAAGUUUUUAUGCACGACUUCAGGCUAGAAGGCGUUAAAAAAAUAAUUGUAAGAAAGAGAAAAAGGAAUCUGAGAAAGUGAGGCGAGGAAUGGAGAAUAAGUGUUUGGAUGUCGAAGGCGGGGCGUACGACGGUGUUUGUACAGGUAGAAGGGACCGAAAUAGCGCAGAAAAGUCGGAGCCGCGAAUCGAAAGCCAACGAAAUAGCGGAAAGAGAAGCGAGAAUGUCUGUUUGUGGGCCUGAGCCUUCCGAUUCGGCGCCGCCUUCCAAAAGCACUGUGCUGUCGAUUUCGGUCCGCGUGAGGCCUAGCCCAUCGAUUCUUCUCCUGAAACAAACCCAAAAUGGAACCCCCGCCACCGCCAAUGUUUCCUCGUUCUAGGAUUUACCAUAGGUUCAGUCAUAGUUCCUCAAAUAGCUGAGUUCUGGCAGUUCGUUUCCCUAACUCAUGCCUUUUCAGCUACUACUCCGAGCAGCAGACCUUCAAUGUUCCAGCGGCCAACACUCAGAAAGGAGCUGGCCUCCCGCCACAGAAGAUCUACGGCAAAGGCUUGAAGGUUUGAUUUUUCUUUUGAAAAUGAUUGUUCGAAUUUUCAUGAAAACCGUACUUUUGUCGUGUCUGCUUUUUCGCCUUCUCAAACUUUUCACUUUCAUAGUUCAAUAAAUUAGCAUUCCAACCUUCUUUCAAACUGUUAUUGCUGAAAUCUAUUUUUGGUGAAAUUGAAAAAAGAAAAAAAAAGAAUGGGUUGGCUCUGCAAUAGUUUUUGUGAUUUUUUUGUCGCCAUUCAUUCCAGUCACCAUUUUAUAAUUUUUUUAUCGAAAAAAAUAAUUCAUACGAAAUAUUUCAUUAGUCGUUUUUUUCUAAAUAAGAAAAAAAAUUGACGUUUUUCGAAUUGAAGAAAACGUUUUUUAACUUAACUUUAUUGUGAUUUCAAUUUUUUAUUCUACGAAAGUUUUCAAUUUUGCAGGAUUUGGAAGACACAGACAUCGAAGGACUCUUGUCCAAGUUGAGCAUCGACGAACUCGAAGAUCUCAACAAUGACUUCGAUCCCGACGUACGUUUUUCUUUUUUUCGGUUUUGAAUAUCUUCUGGAGUUUUUGUAAAUCGAUAGGUUAUUCAUUUUUUUCUCCUCUCAACUUCACAAAUUUUUUAAUGGUUUUUUUCUUGUUCGACUUGUGUUCAUCGUUGAAACUCAGAAGGCCAACUAUUUUUGAAAAAAAUUUAUUCGUUGCGGUUUCCCCAAAAAUUUUCUGAAGGGAUGUAUUCAUCAAAUUAUCACAUUAUUACGAGGCUCUCAUUACGUGUUGUAGAAAAAAAUUUUCCCAAGCUGUCAGAUGUUGUGAUUGGAUAGAUCUUUGCGUUGCACUGAUCAUUGAGCGUUGUUUAUUUGAUGAGGAAGGCCGUUUAUCAGCGUUUGGAUGGCUGAUUUGAGAGGAAGCCUUGUGGGUGAGAUGAAGCUGCGCGUUUUUCUUCGCGAGAGCCCUUGACUCGGCGCUCAGCUGACCACCCCAAAUCGCACCGAGGCUCCCAAUUUAGCCUUUUCCUUUUUUCGGGCAAAAAAAGUAUCUCGUUUCAUUUCAACGUUCAUACUACACAUAACCUUUUUUUAAAUUUUAAUUUGUCUACCAAAAAAAGUUCCGCUGCUUUUUUGAUCAAAAAUGAUUCUUCACCUUCAUUGAGUUUCUAUUUCAAAGUUUUCAUUUUCUGAUGAGAAGCAAAUUUUUCUUUAAUUCCCAUUAACAAAUAAAUAUCUGACAGAAUUAGGAGUGGGAGAAAUAUUUGACAGAAUAACGAUGAUGUAAGUUCUUUGGGUAGUUUUUGAACUGGAGGAGCCCAAAAAUGUUUAUUAUUUUCUAUAUUUGUUUGUGACAUGCUUUUCGCUCCCCUAUAAACAUCAAAAAAAAAUUUUUUUUUUCUUUCAAGAGUCUUCUUCCACCACACCCUGUUUUUUGUUUUUAUGAAAACAGUAAGUUUAUGGUUUAGAUCUAGGGAAUGAAAUUGAUUGGAGUUCCUAAAGUUUAAUUUAAAUGAGAAAUAGAAAGAUUUCCCCCUUUUUUCAAGCCUCUCGGUAGAAAGGCUCGUAUUGGUGUUGAACGGAGAGAUGCCAAGAAGAGAGUGUUUCUGCGGGAUUGCGGGAGGAAGACGGAGGGGCUGAUCGCGGCGACGACGGUCGGCAGCUCGGGAGAGUCCAGAGGGAGCGUUUGCGUGUGUCAGGUUACACGACAGCCAUCCGCAACACAAGCAAGAAAAAUGAAGAUAACCGCGGCCAAUUCGAACACCUCAGCUCCACUUUCACCCUCGCAAAGUGUGAAUCUGUGAAAGACUUCAGCUUGAAAACCAUUUCAAAUGAAUCGAAAAUAAUUUUAAUACUUUUCCACUUUUUCCAUGAUAUUUUCCACGACGGAGGCAGUUUUAUAGCCUUGCAUGCGGCGAGGCUUUUUGUCGAAAUUCAAUAGCGCCGCCGAGAAUCAUAAAAUCGUAACUCUUUGCACAUGUCAUUCUACAAGAUAAGAGGUUUUCUUGGUCGAGUGAGGACCGACAAGAUUGAUUGACGCGCUUUUUCUUUCGUCCAAACUAAAUAAAAGCUCCAAACUACCGCUGAGUUGUUUACUCACACAGUUUGAAUAAGGAAACCUUCGAAAAAGCUAUUUCUUUGGCUGUUUUAGACUGAAAAUUCGAUCAAUUGAUCCGUACUUUCUGUUGACACAAGCAAGUCAUAAGUUUUGCUAGGUGCGUUCUACAGGCCCAGGGCAGAAGAUAAACGAGAGAAAAGUAUGAUCACGGGGCGACUCCGCCUGUUGGCGAGUUCUCUGAAUCACGAGACAGCGCAGAAAAAGGGGCUCUGCUGAAACUUUGAGCUUUCUGUAAACAGUUAACCCCACGGUGAAAGAAGUAUGUCAACGGAGUAUGGUGAACCUCAAAUACGCGCGUUUUUUUUCUUUUCACAUGUCAAUUCGAAGGUUGAGCAUUUACAUGGCUUGUUGUGUGAGCCGCAAAACAAACACAAAAAAAAUCGUUUUUGGGAGGUUUUUGGUUUUUAUUGGUUUGAGUUGGGACUUAAACUCUUGAGACCCUUGUAACACAUUUAAGUAAACUUUAUCGAUUGUAUCUCAAAGCGAAAUUUGUAGGACAUGAAUAUUUUCAAUAUCAGAAAUUUUAAAGAUGAAUAUAAAUUGAUUUCAAUAACUUAAUGAAAUACAAAAUGUCAAACUCUCUUUGAAAAUGGGUUCAUGUUGAUCUUCAAAUUCAUAUACAGGGUCGGAAAUAUCUCAAAUAAUUGUCAGAAAAAGAAACAAAAGAUGGGUGAAUAAGUAUUUCAGAACUCGAUGCUGCCUCCCUCGCAACGAUGUCGCGACCAAACAGAUAAAGAACCGACCGGGCCUUACAAACGCGACAAUCUGCUCAAGUUCCUCGAGGAGAAGGCGAAGAACGAGAAGGACUGGGAAGAUGUUUCGCCUUUCACUCCGGGACUCAAACGAGGUUCUUUUUCAUCACAAGUUGAAGCCUUUGAAAGAACUGACGCCACAACUUUCUUGCUCCUUCUAAAAAUGUCGAGAUACACAAGAAGAACUUUGAGAGAGAUUCAUUAUGCUUACCUUAAGGCUCAUCGAUUUACAUUCUUAAUUAAAUGUUAGAGUAAAGAAAUACUCAAGGAGCAUUACUAUGGAAGUGGUUUCCAAUUUAUUAAGUUAUUUUUUUUCGAUCUAUUUUUUCUUUGACUAAAGUUCCACAAACCUUUUUUCCAGCAAGUGUUUUGAACAAAAUUUCAAUAUCAGGUAAAUCAAAAUACUUAGAAAAACUUUCUUAAAUUCAGUUCGGAAGGUCUUGAAACUUGGACAUAACUAUGAUUACUCUUUCAAUUUUAUGAGCAUAGUCAUGGCGACGUGAAAGAAUACAGAUUGUGUUCUUGGUGAAGGAAAAUCGAAAAGAAGAUAAAAGAAGGUUUUCAGGGAAAAUCUGGGAAGGAGACAGUGGAAGAAAUUCGGAGGAGCCGGAAAGUGGCAAGAUGGAGAUGCCGAUUGAGCUCGACCUCGACGACGACGACGAGCUCGAGUGCGCCCUCAUCGACGCUCCUGAGAAGGAUCUCGUCGACCUCGCCGGAAUUCUCGGUAUCUUGGUUUAGAUUUUUUCGUACCUCGUGAGUCGAAGAGCUUUUUUCAGACCUACACACAAGUUUUAAAAAAAUAUAGGAACUUGAUUUGUUCAGGUAUGCACAAUGUGCUCAACCAGCCGCAGUACUACAACGCUCUGAAAGGGAAGAUGCAGGACGAUUCCACGGGGACCACUUUCAAUGGGAUCGUUCAGGUGCCGAUUUCGGUCAACAAGUGUAAAUUCAAUGUUUCCUUCAGUCUUACCAGCCGAGAAUUGUUCCUGACGAGCCGGACAACGAGACAGAUGUCGAUGAUUGUAUAAAGUGAGCUUUUCAUGUCCUUGGGCCGCCAUUACCCAUUUUUUUUCAGACGAUUACACGCCGAUGACGAAAGUUUAACGGAUGUCAACCUGAACAAUAUGAAACGGGUAUCCAAGGUAGUGUCUCCUUGUUUAUUCUCAGUCUGACCGAAAGUCUUCAAGGAGCGCAUCCGAAGUGUGAUCGAAGCCGCCUGCAACAGCAAACACAUCCAGAAGUUGGCCCUCGCCAACACCGCCAUAUCAGACAGCGAAGCACGGGUGAGGCCUGUCGGAGCGUUGCUUUUCCGGCUCCUCCGAGGAUGAAAAGUAUAGUGAAAGUAAUGAAAACCCAACUACAGAACUCUCAAAUUCACAUAAUGAGAAAGAAAAUCAUGAAAAUGUUCGAAAAAUGUUGUUGAAUUUGAUUCUGAUUGAUUUCUAAAAAAAUUGUAUGCUAGGCUUGAAAAUUCUGUUCAUUAAGUGCUGGUCUCGUGAAAUAUUCACUUUUUUCAAAAUCGUCUUUGGAUCUACAUUAAAGCGAAUUGGACAGCAGUAUAAGUCUCUAGGCCAAAGGCCAUUCAAUUUUUUUUUAAGUCGUGCAAUAGUUUUUCAUCUUCAAAUAUUAUUUCUCACCAGAUUAUACCUCAUCCUAUUGCUUUUCUUUAUUUGAUAGCCUAUAGCCUUGAACCUUUUUUUUGAGUACGUACGCCGAAAGUUGGUAAAGGGCUCUCGCCUGUGAAAAGUUCCGUACUUACCAGCCGUAAAAAAUUUUGAAAUGCCGAAUUUUAUUGAGAAAAGGAGAACUUUACCAAGUUCUAUGGUCAAAAAAAUAACCCAGGAGUAUUCUUAGUGGCUGCCAGAAAACGGUCAGCUUACGAUAAUUUAUCUUCUUUCCUGACGAAACCCAUGUUUUAAAGGGCAUCGUGGAACUGUUGGAGACGUCGCCCUCCUUGCGGAUUCUGAACGUCGAGUCGAAUUUCCUGACGCCGGAACUCCUUGCGCGGCUCCUCAGGGCGACGCUCGUCACUCAGACUCUCGUCGAGUUCAAAGCCGAAAAUCAAGUCCGUUUUAUUUCUUUCAGCCUGUAUAUUGAACUUUUUUUGGCAAUGCUUUCUUUUCCAAAGCUUUGUUUGUGUAGUAUUUGCUGUUUUUACGGCGGUGAAGCUAUAUUCCAAAUUUUUCCAACAUAAACGUUCAAAUUUUUCAUCCGUUUUCGCCGUAACCGAGGUUCCUUAGAGACGGGCCCUGAAUUUCAAAAUGUAGUCGAAAGACUUUUGUUUGUGAAAAUUGAUUCUUUCUGAUUUAUUCACACACUUUCCUAUUUUAUUCUUAUCGAAAGCAAGAAAACAAUUCGAAUUUUAUUGAAGAAAGGGAAGAGCGAAACUUAAAAAUAUUUCAUUCAAUUCAAAAAGAGUUCAGAUUGUUUUUUUUUCCCCUAAAAGGGAGAAUUUUCAGCGACAAUCCGUUCUGGGCAACCAGAUCGAGAUGGACAUGAUGAUGUCGGUGGAGGAAAACGAGACUUUGCUCAGAGUCGGCGUCGCCUUCCAGUCCAUGGAGGCCCGCCAUCGCGUUUCUGAAGCCCUCGAACGAAACUACGAAAGAGGUUUUUCUUUUCCCUUUUUCUAAUUCAUAAAUUUUACGAAUUUGGCUAUCGUUUGAAUAUUUUCGAAGUUCUGUUGGUUUUUUUUUUCUUGAAUUUGACGUAGCUAUUAGAGCUCUUCAGAAAUUUUUUAAAGCAUUUUUCCAACAAAUUUCUCUCUUUUCUCGUGAAUGGAUAUGCUUUUGAACUGACGGAACUUGAGAAUAUUUCAUUCGUUUCAAGAAUUUGUGAAAUUUGCAACAUUGAACUUGUCAAAUAACUCAAAUCUUUAUAGAGACUUUCAAAACCAAACUUUAGUUCUGAAACCUUCUCAAAAGCCAAAAAAAAGUUUUUAGACCUAUCAUGUACUUAUUCGGCGAUUUUCAAUCAUUUCGAUCUUCAGUCAGAAUUUCAAGAAACUAUGUGUUUUUGCUCAAAAGCAAUGUCGUUUUGUGGCGUAAAUCGACCUAUGUCGUCGUGUUUUGUCGAGCCGUCGAGAGGGUUAGAGGGCAGCGGUUUCCGGUCCGCCCGUCUGCUUUGCUCCACUCGAAAAAACACGGCGAACAAAUGCCGCGGGGACUUUGCCACCUCAAUUUUUUUCUCUGACUUUGUUUUGCCAUGGAUAUCUAUCACGAGAGGAAAGACAAGAGGAAUUCGAAAAAAUAAUUUCGAUUUGAAACAGAAAAAAGCAUCCCUUUUAAAAUACUUUUUAGUGUUGUCUGUGGUUUCUUCGAUCAAGCUCCAAAGAGAAAAAGAGAAAAAGAGAGCUUCAUGAUAUUAGCAUGGAUCUUGGUGUAAUCCUACGGCUUCGGACAUCAAAGUGGUCUCCUAAAGACCAGAUGGCCUCUGAUUUAUUUUUUUUUUAAAUAUAUGAUCGACCAAAUCGCUGAGACUACAUGUUUUUCAAAAAAAAAUUUUAAAAGUUAAUGUUUAUCAUCUUUUUUUUUCAAGUAAUAAUUACAAUAAUAAUUACAAUAGUUUGCUCACUGCCAUUAUUCAACAUUAGAAAUAUAAUUUUUAGUUGGCAAGAGUUUCUUGUAAUUCAUACAAUUGAAAAAAAUAAAAAAAAAUAUCUUAUCAAUCAGUUUCGAUAAGUUUAUCGGUGUUUUUGCAGUUCGGUUGCGACGCCUUGGAAAAGAUCCCAAUAUGUGA